AUGGCCCGAGGCUGCAUCGCAAGGCUAGAGCGUGCAGCGAAAGUCUCUUGCCAGAACGUCACCAACGGCUGGACUUACUACCACGACAUUCAAGAUUUACAAGCGUGUCAGCAGCCUAUUAUAUUUGACUUUAAUCUCUAUAAUACCAUCAAUGAUUCGGCCUCCCAAGCUGUAUUUCAAGCUUGCUCCAGCUCAUCUUCUGCGACCAAGCAGGUUCCACAGAAGAGACAGCAACUCUCAUUUGAUACGGACUCCAAGGAUGUCGCCAACAGCUUUGACACUCAACCAGAGUCUAAGCAUCUGGAUCGUUUACUUUGGGCGGUAGAUACAACUGCUCACCCGUCUGGAAAUCUUUCCUCAGUCGCAAAUGCCUUGUUGGAUUACCUUAAGUUGGAAGAUCAACAUCCAACUGGGGAGCCAAUAAUUUUGUUCGCCCGCAGCGGGAGCGCAAUUAUCGGCGCCUUCGCUGGAGCGCAAAUCGACAAGAGCAGCUUUAGUGAUAUCAUUCAGGAACUUGAUCAGAUGCUCGAUAGAGAAACUAAUGAUAUUGCUGUUCAAUCUUGUCAGCAAAACUCGACAAGUACAAAACUCAUUGGCCUCUUUGCCACUACCACUGGUGAUCUCACCAAGGUGCAGGAGGCAGUCAGAGGCUGGAAUGAUGCAAAAUGUAUAAAAUCAGCUAGCAAGAAAUCAGCCUGGAAAGACUUUUCUGUCGGCAUUAUACCUGGGUUUCGUAUCAGCAUCUCUCCCGACAACAGAGAAGGCCAAAUCAACGCAAGGAACACAUGCAAGUACACGCAGGUACAAUCUGGAGACGGAUGCUGGGCGCUUGCUCAGCGCUGUGCAAUUAGUCAGGACGAUCUUAAGAAGUAUAACAGAGCAGGAAUAUGUACGAGUCCGAAUCCUGUUGUGGGCGAGUAUGUCUGCUGCUCUGCCGGUACUCUGCCAGACUUUUCGCCACAACCUAACCCAGACGGCUCCUGCAAGACAUAUUCCAUCAAACAGAAUGAUCUAUGCAGCAAUAUUGCAAGGGCGAAUAGCAUUACAGUGGACAUGAUCAACGCUCGGAACAAAAUGACGUGGGGUUGGAUGGGUUGUUCAUCUCUUGUCGUCGGCGCCUCGAUUUGUGUGUCCACGGGAAGCCCGCCCAUGCCCGCGGUCAUGCAGAAUGCUAUAUGCGGUCCCCAGGUUCCUGGGACAAAAAAACUUUCUGAUAUGAUCCACAUUGAAAGUCUCAACCCGUGUCCCCUUAAUGCUUGCUGCAAUAUCUGGGGUCAAUGUGGUAUCACCAAAGAUUUCUGUGUCCAGUCCCCAUCGGAUACAGGGGCGCCGGGUACUGCAAAACCCGGAUCCAAUGGCUGUAUCUCAAGCUGUGGUACAAAUAUUACAAACAAUGCUGAUAAAGUGGCCUCAUUCAUGAGGGUCGGUUACUUUGAAGCUUGGAAUGCCGGCAGGAAGUGUCUUCACAUGAGGCUAAUUCCGAGACUACCUAGCCAGAUCAAAUUGACACUUCGCACUAUACCAAUGUCGAAGGGUGUCACUUCGGCACAGCGUCAACUCUUUGCCACCAAUGUUGCCAAGUUCAUCGUCGAUAAUGGCUUGGAUGGCGUGGACUUUGAUUGGGAAUAUCCAGGUGCACCGGACAUCCCUGGUGUCCCUCCGGGUGAUCCUCAGGACGGCGCAAAUUAUGUAGAAUUUCUUGGAUUGAUGAGAGCGGCGCUUCCUUCUAAAUACAGCGUGAGUUUGGCGGCACCAGCAUCUUUCUGGUAUCUGCGAGGCUUUCCGCUAGACAAGAUGCACCAAUAUCUGGACUACAUCAUCUACAUGACGUAUGAUCUCCACGGACAGUGGGAUUAUGGACACAAAUGGGCAAGUCCGGGAUGCCCUGCCGGAAACUGCUUGAGAUCCCACGUCAAUCAGACAGAAGUGAAUGACGCCCUCGUCAUGAUCACCAAGGCUGGAGUACCAGCGAAGAAAGUCAUUGUCGGAAUGCCAAUGUACGGAAGGUCUUUCAAAAUGACAAAGGCAGGAUGCUGGGGCCCUGACUGCACCUAUGUCGGCGCAGACUCGGGGGCCGCGCCAGGUCGAUGCACCGACACCAAGGGUUAUAUUUCCAACUUUGAGAUUCGUGAAAUUAUUAAAAAUGGAGGCGUGGAACAACAUCACAGUGACGAUGGAGACAUUCUCAUAUAUAAUGGCCUUGAGUGGGUAUCCUGGAUGAACACUGAUUCCUACCAGAAGCGACUCAACUGGGUCAAGGGGCUCAAUUUUGGAGGCACAUCUGACUGGGCUAUAGAUCUAGACGCAAACUGUGGUGCUAAUGAUGGCGCUGGUAAAGGUGACAACGGAAGUACUGGCAAGGGUGAAAGCGGUAGCGCCGGCAAUGUUAUCAUCAGCCCUAAUAUCUACAGCCAAAAGGGCGAUGCCCAAGUAUCUUGCCAGCCGCCUUGCAACUUUGUUUUUCCGCCGUGGAUACUGGACCAGCCGACCACAAUCUCGCCCCCCAAGGCAACAGUGACCUACUUUGAGAACUGGAGAACGACGAUUACCGUCCAAGGCGCGGCUAUCACCACUACUGCUAGCAGCGUAACCACCACCGUCAUCAGCAUUCCGCCCAUCACGACGAAGACAAUCUCUGUCUGGAAUCACUCCUGGAACGGCACCAACGCUACGAUCUGGCUAACUGCGAGUGUUCCUAUCCCUCCUUUGACACUUACGCGUACAAGCACAAGCUCGUCUGAUUUCGUUAGGCCGGUCAUCACCUGGACAUACAGUCCUGGCCCUUAUCCGCCACUUCAGACAACAAAUCCUGGAAAGCCUGACCCCACCCCUCCAGGUCCUCCGCCUCCGCGUCCACCCGGAUUUGCACCGACUGUGAAAGUAACUGCCGCUGCUCCAGGGCCGACUUGUAAGCCAGGCCAGCCGUGCGGCAAACCUUGCUUGCUCAAUUGCAACCCUAGGGAUACAGGCUGCUUUGGUAUAUGCGGAUGCAUCGGCGCUCUCUGCCCUGGAAAAAGCUGCAUUGGAAGCGGCUGCUUGGCCGCCGCAGGUGAACCAAGCGACUGUGACUCUGUGACGACCGUUUCCGAUUGCUUGGUCGAAUGUUCAGUGAUCCAGCGACCCACAACCACUUUCACGCUUUGCGAUGACCCAGAAUGCACGCGAACAGCCGCAGGGUGUGACACUACUGGGACUACCACAACCACAACCAGGACGAGGAUGUGCGCAGCAGCCCCUGCCAUCACAGACUUCUCCACAGUAGCUGCAAUAGGUGAGGGAGGCGCAGGAGGCUGGGUGGUUGAGCCCGGUGAUUUUGGUAGCAUGACGGACGAUGGCCCAACCAGCGGUCACACCGGUGUUCAAACGUGUCCUCCUCCUCAGGCCACAGUUCCGUCUCCUCCCACCAUCACCAAUCUGGGUGAUGACAAGAAGUGCGUAAAAUGCGACGCGGAACAGCUGAAUGAAAAGAUGUUCAAGAGAGCAGACGCCGAAAAGGCUUUCUCAUCGGUCUGCGACGGCACACGAACAUUUGGUGCGGCUGGCGGUAUCGCGACCAUCAUACCCGUUUCCAAAGAUCUUUCGCUGAAUAUUGACGUCAACAGAGUCCAGUCAUCCGGCUGUAAGGACGUAAAACCGUUCGUGCUGGGCGACUAUUGCACCAAAGCGCUUGAGGCUGUAUUUACCUGCGAUGAUAAUGACAAAGGUAGCUACGGCGCUGUUUUUGUGCAUAACGGCGAUUAUGGCUGCGUGUUAUGGGGGGUAUAUGCGACAUAACGAAGUACCUGAGGGGACUUGAGAUUCUGCUGUUGAAGAGGGUGGAUGAUGUAUAUUAGACAAUUGGUUAUAUACUGUAUGAGGCUAUAUAUUAGAUAGAUGACUCGUUUACUUAUGAUCCUGCGUCGGGUCGAGCCAAUGGCCAGGCAUCAGAUGCGAUGCUAGCCAGCAGCAGUAUAUUCAGGUCGAUUUUGGUAUCUCUGAACAAACACUGCGUCGUCAUUGUAUAGUCCUGUUUAUCG